AUGAACAUGCAGCCGAAAUAUUGGCUGCUUGUUUUUAGCAUCUGUGGCUUAGCAACGCAGUAUGAAAGCAGAUCUCUUGCUUCUGGUGAUAUAAAGCAUGAUUUUGCGUUCGAGAUGAUAAUGACUAAACUGCAAAUACUACAAGAUGAUAUUGGUGUAAUAAAGCGUAAUGAGAAUAGGGAAAAAGUGUACACAUCUUGUGACAAUGUGCCAGCUUUAGUGUCAGGAAUGUACAAAAUUCAACCAGAGAGACCUUUUAAAGAACCAAUAGCUGUGAAUUGUGAUCAAGAGUACGACAACGGCGGUUGGGUUGUGAUUCAGCAUCGUUUUGAUGGAUCAACGAACUUCUACCGUAAUUGGCAAGAGUACAAGAAUGGCUUCGGAAAUCUGGAUGGAGAGUUCUGGUUGGGCCUGGAUCGCAUCUAUCAGUUGACGGUGUCGAGGCCACACGAGUUGGUGAUACUGCUGGAGGAUUUCGACGGAAACAAGACGUACGCAAAGUACGAUCGUUUUGAGAUCGGCGACGAAGCUUCGAAGUAUGUAAUCAAGUAUAUCGAGGGAUACUCGGGAACGGCUGGUGAUUCUAUGGACGGCUUAAAAGGAUUUAUGUGGACUACGAUGGACUCCGAUAAUGAUAGUUUUAAUGAAAAUUGUGCGACGCGUUUUUCUGGUGCAUGGUGGUAUGGUGCAUGUCAUCAAAGCAAUCUAAAUGGACUUUACUUACGAGGCGAGACGAAAGAAUAUGCAUCUGGAAUGGUGUGGUAUUCUUUUCGUGGUUAUGACUAUGCAUUGAAAUCAACAAAAAUGAUGAUCAAACCCAAAUAG